ACCGACCAGGUUCGGGAUGUACUGAUCGAGUAUCGCCAAAGGACUCAUCCGACCAUCCACUUCGCCAUACGGUGCCCCAGUACUCUUCACACCGAAACCGCACGGAAGCCUGCGCAUGUGCAGCGACUACCGAGCUCUCAACAAGCAGACCAUCAAGAACAAAUAUCCGAUACCACGAAUCGAUGACCUGCUUGACCAGCUUCGGGGAGCUACGGUAUUUUCAAAAGUAGAUCUACGGUCCGGAUACUGGCAGAUAAGAAUGGCGGACGAUUCCGUUCACAAAACUGCUUUCCGAACUCGGUACGGAUCAUACGAGUAUUUGGUCAUGCUGUUCGGACUCACCAAUGAACCUGCAACUUUCCAAGCAGAGAUGAAUCACAUCCUACGCCCACUCUUGGAUGAAUGCGUGGUGGUAUACCUGGACGACAUCCUCAUCUACUCGCGUGACAUGCAACAACACGUCCAGCACCUACGACGCGUCUUCGAAAUUCUUCGACGAGAACUCUUCUACGUCAAAAUAUCCAAGAGCGACUUCGCGCUCGAGAAGGUCCUAUUCCUCGGACAUAUCGUAAGCGCUCAAGGAAGUCACGUCGACCCCAAGAAAAUCGAAGCCGUGCGUACGUGGAAGACACCCGAGAACGUUAAGGAGUUACAGCAGUUCCUUGGCUUUGCCAACUACUACAACAGGUUCGUGCCACAAUACGCGAAGAUCGCCACGCCACUCACGAAUCUGCUAAAGGAGAACACGCCCUAGAAAUGGGAGCCACAACUCCA